UCCUUGUUUUACGUGGUACGGUACCCUAAAAACAACAAGCAACUAUUUUAAAGAGAGUUAGGUACUCCUUCGUCAAGUUGGAAAUAAAAACAAUCAAAACACUUAUAAGAGACUUACUUUGGACAACUUAAUAUUUUAUUUAUCUUAUCAGAAGUACAUUGUCUAUAGGGAAAGAAAGGUUUGAAAAUGUCUGGGACCAAAUUAGACGUAAUUUGGGCCCCGGUGCAUCACAACAAAUUUAUUAUUUGGGGUUCGGACAUAACCUUAUAUGAAGUGGCUCAGCUCAAAGAUAUAGAAAAGAAAACAACUUUCGCUCAAAUCUCAUCAACACGGGGCGCCAUAGUGGUUGCGUCUCAAAGUGCCAGCAGUGUGCGUUGUGUGGACAUCAGCGCGAUACCUGACCAGCCGGAGCCUCUGCUCGCUCUGGGGCAUACAAAUGGCCGAGUCAGUCUCACCAGCCUCAAACAAACAUAUGACCCUUUAGGACUUGUUGGGAGAGAAUUUGUGCCAAGAUACCCGCGACUCUGCAACUCGGUGGCGUGGAGUCAUGUCGAAACUAACCUGCUCGCAGUAGCCCUGGAGAAGUACCGCAACGACCAUUGUAUACUGCUCUGGGAUGUUAAUCAGAUUCCUAAGAAUGAUGGGAAAGUCGGUAGGGACACACAAGGCAUCUCAGAACAGAAGCCGUUUGCGGAGAUGGGUCUCUCGGAGACUGCCCACAAUGUGUCGUGGACCACGAGCUCGGAGCGCACUCUGUUGGCCAGCAUGAACAUGAAGUACAUCAAGAUAUUCGACCUACGAGAUCUAUCGAAGAAAGAAGUGAGCGUAGCUUCAACCAGAUAUUGCUACGGUGCCUGCUCGGACCCCUUCAACCCUUGGCAGAUAGCGUCCCGCGGAGACAACAUGAUCUGUGUGUGGGACGCCAGGAGCCUGGAGCGGCCGCUGCUGAGCCUGCUGCAGCCGCGCGCCGUCACCAAGAUACAGUGGUGCCCCAGCAGACGCAACCUCCUGCUGUCGCUGCAAAGAGACUCCAACACGCUCCGUCUCCACGACAUACAGCAAGCCAAUGAAUGCAAACCGAACUUUCUCGAUGAGGCGGCAGCAGUAGAGGCGGAGCUGGAGGAGUACUCGGGUCCUCACGUGCUGGAACGCCACGUGACUCCCGCGCACGCAGCCCCCCUUCCGCCGCCGGUGGACACCCUCGUCACCUUCAGCUGCCACCACACGCACGAGGCCAGGCUGCUCGCCGUCAGCCUCUCAGGCAACAUAAUAGACUACACGGUGUGCGAGCGCGUGACGGUGGGGUGGGGGGGCGGCGGGGGGCUCGUGUGGUCGGGCGGCGCGGGCGCGCUGCGGUUAAUGCGGGACGACUUCUACGCCGCCGUGCGGGACAUCUCCUACGUCAUGAGGGGCAGGGCUCACUCUGACUACGGACUGAAGCCGGAUCUCUGGCAGAACGCGGACCUGGCCGACGACGACGCUCUGAGCGGACUCUGGCAUUUUCUGGCGCUCAGCAAGUCGCUGGUCGAAGAUGGCUGUAUCCGCAACAGCCCGUGGAAGCACCCUGGCGUGCUGACAGUGCUGCGCACUGACGGCGGCUAUAGGUCCGAGCUGGUGCCGUCCAUAUUCCCCGACCUGCCGGCCAGGAGGGUGAACGUGUACCGCUCCGCCGAGAGGACCAGGGCCUUGCAGCUCUGCGGGUGGGGCUGGGGGUGGGACAACGCCGUGGCGGGUGUAGAACGAGCGGAAGCGGAAGGCACGCCGUGCCGCGCAGCAGCGCUGGCGGCGUUCCACCUGCGCCUGCGCACGGCGCUGGACGUGCUGACGCGCGCGCGGGAGCCGCAGCUCCGGGUCGUGGCGCUGGCGCUGGCCGGGCUCAGCGAGGAGCGUCUGUGGCGCGAGUCGCUGUCGGCCGCGGCGCCCGCGCUGCCGGACGCGUACCUGCGCGCGCUGCUGCGCUUCCUGGCGGCGUCCGCGCCUGCGCACGCGCACGCGCCGCCGCUGCAGCCGCCCGCCGCCGCCGACGACGCGCCGCUCCGGGAGGUGCUAGCGGAAACGGAAAUGCGCCUAGAAGACAGAGUAGCGUUCGCCUGCAUAUUCCUCUCCGACGCGGCGCUUCACGACUACGUGAAGACUACCAGCGCCGCGCUGGUCCAGCAGGGGGACCUGUCCGGGAUGCUGCUGACGGGCGCUAGUCCCGAGGGGGUGGCGUUACUGCAGAAGUGGCUGGAGAACACAGGUGAUGUUCAGUCGUGCGCGCUAAUAGCCGCGAGAUGCUUCACCGUGGAACUUUUACGGGAGCCCGGGGUUCAAAACUGGCUGGAUAGCUACCGGCUGGUGCUGGACAGCUGGCGGCUGUGGUGGGCGCGCUGCGCGCUGGACACGCUGGCGGGCGCGGGCGGCGCGGGCGGCGCGCGGCUGCUGUGCGCGGCCUGCUGCUACUGCGGCAAGCCCGUCACCGCCGCGCCGCGCCCGCGCGCGCGCCUCCCCCCGCCCGCCGCCAAGCUCAAGUUCCCCCAUCAGAUCUCGUCGUGCCCGCACUGCCGCAAGCCGCUGCCGCGCUGCGGCGUGUGCGCGCUGCACCUGGGCACGGGCGCGGGCGCGGCGGGCGCGGCCUUCCCCGGCUGGUUCAGCUGGUGCGUGGCGUGCCGGCACGGCGGCCACGCGCAGCACCUGCUGCAAUGGUUCCAAGACCACACGGAGUGUCCCGUGAGCUCGUGUUCGUGCCGCUGCAGCACCCUGGACCCCCCGGACAGGCUCUAGUCUUUUAACUACUACACCACAGGGUUACCAAUGAAUCGUUCAUGAUAUAAAAUAAUAUGGUACUUUUUGGCGGAUACCCGCACGUAGUGCUGUAAUAUUUUUGCCAAAAUGUUUUGUUUGAUCGACUGUUAAUGAUUUGUAAUGAUAAUUGAGUGUUCUCUUACGAUGUGGGUAAACGUCGCGAGGAAACCUGCACAUUCAGGUAACCAUUAGAUGUAAUACUAUUACGGCCUCUGUGGCGCAGCGGUAGUGCGCUUGUCUGUGACACCGGAGGUCCCGGGUUCGAAUCCCGGCCAGGGCGUGAUGGGAAACGAACUUUCUCUGAUUGGCCUGGUUCAAGGAUGUUUAUCUAUAUUAGUAUUUAUUAUAAAAUAUAGUAUCUUUGAGUUAGUAUCUCGUAACACAAGUCGCGAAUUUUCUUCGAGGCCAACUAAAUCUGUGUAAUUUGUCCGGUAAAAAAAGAAACAUACUGGUUAGGUUCCCCUGCAAAGGUCAGAUGGGAGUCGCUUCGUGUAAAAACCUAGCUCACCCAAUCCAGGAUCAAUGGUCGAGAGCUUACAUCGGUCUCCUCUCCAGAGUGAGGAUGCAACCGGGACUUUAGCCAGGAAGAAGAUAAUUAACUGUUCGCGGACAAGCUUGAGGGUAUGAAAGUGUUACAAUAACGGAUUGACUUUUGAUGUUUUCCCACAAAGUCCCGAGAAGGGGCGAAGAAACGUAAGCUAUUGCUCGAUCAUUAUAAAAAUAUUUUAUAACGAGGACUGACUGAAAUCCGACACUAGCAUAAAUAAGCUUAUGAAGUAGUUUCAUUGCCACAAUGAAGAAAUAUAUAAACAAAGGUUACAUUACGAAUGUUCAAAUAAUGGGUGAUUUUAUCAUCAAGCCAAAUAGCUAAACGUGGCCUAUCAGUCUUUUCAAGACUUUUGGCUCUGUCUACCCUGCAAGGGAUAUAGACGUGACUUUAUGUAUGUAUGUUAUGUGUGUAUGUAAAUAAUGAAUGUUGCCUAAAGAAAAUAAUUAAGAAUCUGUUAGUGUGAGCAGAUUAUGGAACACCAUUAAUAAGGGUCAAAUAUUGUAGACACGAUAGAGACUGUUUGUAUAGUAUAAUUUCAGAUCAAGAAUGAUUCUCUCUAAUAGAAAUGUGAAUAAAGUGACGUUUCAACACGCACUGUAAUUGGUCGAUAUGCAUAGGUACACACACAAUCUUUCAACGUUAGUUUUUCUGAUGUUUAUAUUUUUUUAGGUAUAACAAUAAUUAUUUCAUGUAUCUAGUCUAUUUAAUUGUAAAAAAGAAUUAUUUUUGUACGUUUUAAAUAACACGUGUAUAAAAUUGUAUAUUCAUAGAUGGAAUUUGUUUU